AUGCACCUUCCCAGACCCAGUCGCAGCCCCUGGAGGGAACUGGUCCUUGUGGCCAGUCUGCUGGCCUGUGGGGUCUGCCAGGCCUCCGGCCAAAUCUCCAUCACCUCGUCCCCAACAAUCGAGGGCUUUAAUGCCUCCCUGGAACUGCAGAACGUCCCCCAGGGCGUGCAGGAGUACAGCUGGCACCGGGGCAAGAAAGACAGCGCGGACUCCAUGAUCAUCAGCUACCGCCCGCCCUCCGGUGCCUGGCAGCCGGGGCCCAUGCACAGCCGCCGGGAGAACGUGACCGCGGAAGGCCGCCUGGUGAUCAGGGACGCCCUGCUGAACGACACGGGGAGCUACACGGUGCGGGUGGACCUGGGCGACAAGACCCAGAGAGCCACGGGCUGGCUGGAGGUUCAGGAGUGGGGGGACGACCCCGGCAUCUCGGCCAACACCACCUCCGUGGUGGAGUACGGGGACCCCAUGGCCGCCUUCUGCCACACCAACGUCACCGACGCCACCCGGAUCCGGUGGUACGUGAACUCGGCAGAGGCGUCGGGCAACGCGCGGGUGGCCAUCUCGCCCGACGGCAAGACCCUCCUCCUCCUCCAGCCCAGCCGCUUCGACAUUACCAUCCACUGCACCGUAGCGAACGUCGUGGGGUUUCCUCAGAGAAGCAACUCCCUCUUUCUGAAGGUGGCCUAUGGACCGGACAGCGUGAUGCUGAAGACCAGGCCCUCCAUGUUCAGCGGUGUCCUGCCCGCCGAGGUCGGCUCCGCGGUGCUGCUGGAGUGCAGCUCCAGCUCCUCACCGAGGCCCACGUACAGCUGGAUCCACAACGGCUCCCUCCUGAGCUCAGCGGCAAGCCUCAGCUUCCCGAGCCUGACCUGGGAGCAGAUGGGCAGGUACAGGUGCAUCGCCGAGAGCCCCGUGACCCAGCUGAGGUUCUACAGGGACGUCCGGAUCCAGAGGCCCCGUAAGGACCAUCCCUGUGGGCGGGCCAGAGUUCUACCUCUCGGGGCCCUUGCUGGUGUUCUUCAUCGGGAUGACGGUCCUGGGCGGAGUCUACCUCUGUGGAGUCCUGAUCUACAUCCUCGUCAUUCGUUUGUCCACCAGGAGAAGCCGGGCUAUAUAAGUGUCCACCUUAGACUUGGAGGAGGAGACCAGAUGA